AUCACUGCACACAUCAACGGCCAUGUGCUAGGGAUUCAUUGUCAGACAAGAGAGAGAUAUAGUCACGGGUUUGUCUUGAUAGCACACUCCCUAUACACUAAUUCAUGUUUUAAGAAAUGCGUCUGUGUUUUUCCUCCGACCACUACCCUCCUCCUCUUCUCUCCAUCUCUUUCAUUUACACCAGUUUCUUGCUUUGGAUCUUUCAAUGGCUCUGAUGCUUGAUAAUUGCGAAGGCGUAUUACUCUCACUAGACUCCCACAAAGCGGUGACGGCACCGUUCCUCACAAAAACCUACCAACUGGUCGAUGAUCCGACCACCGAUCGCAUAGUUUCAUGGGGAGAAGACGACACCACUUUUGUCGUUUGGAGACCACCAGAGUUUGCUCGUGAUUUGCUCCCCAAUUACUUCAAGCACAACAACUUCUCUAGCUUUGUUAGGCAGCUCAACACUUACGGUUUUAGGAAGAUUGUACCGGAGAGAUGGGAGUUCGCCAAUGAGUUCUUCAAGAGAGGAGAAAAGCACUUGCUUUGUGAGAUUCACAGAAGAAGAACUUCGCACCCAUCUUUAAACCAUCAUCAUUACCAUUCUCCGUUGAAUGCACCGAGUUUCUUCCCGUUUCAAACUCGAGUCAGCAUCUCCCCGACCGACUCAGAUGAACGAGCCAACUGUUGUGACUCACCACCUCUUUCUUCCCCAAGAGGAGGAUAUAAUAACAGCUCGGUGACAGCUUUAUCGGAAGACAACGAAAGGCUAAGAAGAAACAACAAUUUGCUUAUGUCUGAACUAGCACAUAUGAAGAAGCUUUACAAUGACAUUAUCUACUUCGUUCAAAACCCUGUGAAGCCUGUCACUCCAAGCAAUCUUAUUUCUGGUCCUCCAUAUUCUGCUGUUAACACCAGUAGUUCAUUAUUACAAAAGCCGUUGAACCAGCUUAUCGGGUAUUAUCCGAACAGCCCAAAGCCCCCCCAAGUUCAGGUCUUGAACUCCCCGACAGCAACAUCCCAGAGCUCGUUAACCAUUGUCGAAGAACCGAGCAGCAACAGUUGCAAAACGAAGUUGUUUGGUGUACCUUUACAAUCAAAGAAGAGAUUGCAUCCCGAGUAUAACAAUACUGCAACAACAACAAACAUGGAAACUAGAAAGACACGUUUGGUCUUGGAAAAAGAUGAUCUACGGUUGAAUCUUAUGCCUUCUUCUACUUGUUAG